AUUUUCUCAAAAAUGUACAGUUUUUUUUUUUAAUGAGUUGAGAAUUAGUUUCACUUUAAUAUAGUGCUGACAACAUGUCUGUGAUAAAUAUAAUUUUAAUUUUGUUUAUAGGAUUUUUUCAAAGUAUUUAUGGUAAAUAUGGUUUCGGCGGUGAACAAGAAUGGGGUUUCGUGACUGUUAGGCCAGGUGCAAAUAUGUUUUAUUGGCUAUAUUAUACAACUGCUAAUGUUACUUCAUAUACCGAAAAACCUUUAUUAAUUUGGUUAGAGGGUGGUCCAGGAAUACCAUCAACAGGUUAUACAAAUUUUCAAGAAAUUGGUCCUUUAACUUUAAAUUUAACAACAAGAGACAACUCAUUGGUUAAAGAUUACAAUAUACUUUUCAUUGAUAGUCCAGUGGGAACUGGCUUUAGCAAUGUAAAUACAGAAAAUAAACUUGCAAGAACAGAACAACAAGUUAUAAAUGAUCUUAUUAUUUUGAUCGAACAAUUCUUCAUGAAAUUUUCCAUUUUAUCCAAAGUACAAACAUAUAUUGUUGGCACGUGUUAUGGGGGAAGGACAGCUGCUGCUUUGGCUUACGAAUGGAUUCAGAAAAUAGAAAAAGGUUGGAAUAUUACUAAUUUGAAAGGAGUUGGACUUUCAAGUGCUUGGAUUUCGCCAGUUGAUUCUGCCCUAGGAUGGGCACCGUAUCUAUAUCAAAAUGGAAUUGUCGAUGAUAAAGGAUACAAGGCAAUUAUGAAUUUAACAAAACAAAUAAAAUAUAAAAUUAAAACAAAAGACUGGAGAGAUGUUUACGAUCUUUUUAUUAAUACUAUCAAUGAAAUUCCAAAAUAUGUAGGAAAUGUAAACUUAUAUAAUAUUUUCUCGAGAGUUAAUAAUCACCACUUUUAUGCUUAUUAUGCUGAAGAUAAUAAUGCAAUGAAGAUUUUAAUGGAAUCGAAAGUAAAAUCAGCGCUUAAUUUACCGGAAAACAGUUAUUAUGAACCAGAUUUAGAGACUAUUAAUAAACGCCUAGCAGUGAAAAUAAUGAAACCUAUUACCAAAAAAGUUGAAUAUCUUCUAAAUCAAAAUAAUUUUAAAGUAUUUGUAUUUAAUGGACAAUUUGAUUUAAUUGUCAAUAGCCAAGGUACAUUUAAAUGGGUUAAAAAUCUCUCGUGGAAUAAUUCAGCUGAAUGGUUAGCAGCUCGUAGAGAACCAUUAAUAAUAAAUGAUUUUAUUGAAGGUUACGUGAAGAGUUACGGAAAUUUGAGGAUGUACUGGGUCAAUAGAGCUGGCCAUGCGACAUUUGUUGACAAUCCUGUUGCUGUAAGAGAAAUAUUACACCGGCUUACUGACGAUGAUAAUAACGAUGAUUUAUUUAAUUAUGCCAAUUUAGAAAGAUUUAUAAAUUCUCUUCAAUCACAGAAAAAAAACUAAACUUAGAAUGAGUUGUGUAGGCGGCUCAUUUUGAUGUGCAACAAAAAUGAGACUAAGUUUUUUUAUAAAACCCUAACAAUGUAUUUUAAGGAAUAUCAAAAUAAAUUGAAUACGAUUAAUUCU